AUGAUGGUUGAGGAUCGACAAACACGUGUAGAAGAUGUUCCGUCUGAGUUUUCGCGGUGUUCCUGCUCGUGCACCGCUGUCUUUUUUACACAUUCCUUGGGCAUCUCGAGAAAGGGGAAUGACGAAGAGGGAAGUGAUUCCGGGAUCAAUACUAUAUUUGAGUAUUUGUACUGCGAUUAUUUGGAUGAUAAUGAGCCCUCGUUGAGCCUUGAGAUGCUUGAGGAAGAUGACCUGUAUUUGGCAGUGAUUUAUCCCAAGAGUCACUGUUCUCAUUCAGUACUAGGGGCCGAUUCCACCAGGAUCGGGUGCCUAAAGUCUGUAUAG